AUGAAUGCAAUUUAUUGUCUUAAUACAUUCGAUGAAGAAAAAAUUGACCAAAUAUUUCUCGAUAUCAAAAACAAAAUAAUCGAAACAAAGAUUUUAACACCAGAAAAAGUUCUCAUAAUCCUUAACAAUGCUUCAAUGUUUAGAAAUCGCUAUUUGAAAUCAUACAUAUACAUUUUCAAAAGAAUUUAUUACGAAUAUAUACAAAAACCAAUGAAAGAAGUUCGUGAAAUUUACAAUUAUCUUUUAUAUAAAGAGUAUGAAAUAAUUUAUGAUGAUAAGCAUCAAGAAAAUUUCAAAAAAUAUGAAGAGCAAAAUUAUUCUUGGGAUGUUCACAAAAAGGAUACAAUUUUCUGGGCUAUCAUGAAUGAUGACAAAAAGUUAUUUGAAGAAUUUCUUGCAAGAGACGAUUUCAAUGCAAGUAUCAUGAUAUAUAAUGAAUUAUAUCAAUUUCCUCAACAAUCUUUAAUCUCAUUAUGUUGUUACCAUGGUGCUGCCGAAUGCGAUCCAGAAACUACAGCUGAUUGUCUUCAAUUGUCAUUUUAUGGAGGAGAUAUCGACAUAAUAAAUAAAUGCUUGAAACAUCAAAAAUUGGAACAGCAACACAUGAGAGAUUUAAUAUUCAUGCACCACAAUGACUUUCUUAAUUUGUUUUUACCAGAAUUUGAUUUAUCAAAACCGUAUUUGCUAGAAAAUUAUUUAUUAACAUGUACACAAUACAACAAUCUUGAAGCUUUUAUAAGUUAUUUAUAUAAAUCAAAUGAUAUCAAUACAUGCUUUAUUUAUUCUUCAGCUUUUAAUCUUCCUUCCCUUUGUGAAUAUCUUAUUAAAAAUGGUGCUGAUAUAAAUGCAAAAGAUAAAAAAUAA